AUGGUGCUCCUGGUACAUGGCCUCCCUGGCACGGGCCAGGCCAAGACCGUGGCAGCGCUGAUCGACGUGUGGAUGGGCUGUGUGCUGCACCCCAGACGGCUGGGCGGUCGGGGAGCUGACAUGCCGGCCAAGUACCUUACCGACGCCCACUUGAGCGGCAGACCAAACGAGUGCGGCCGCUUCCCAAACGCAGCCGUCCGAUUUGCCAACCCUGACAAGGUCACCAGCCCCGAAGCCCGCGAGUUUACCCCCACCCAGCGGUGCAGCAGGACGUACGGCAUGGCCAUCGGUGACAUCGGUGUCAAGGCGCUAACGCGAGCAAGGAAACAGGACCUCGCCAAGGCUCGCCUCGUCCUCGCCACGCUCGAAGCGGCGGCUGAGCUGGACUCCCCAGACAACCCUAAUUUGCAUAUUACCAUCCGCGACGAAGCCCCGCAGUUUGCCAAGCCACUGCACGCAGCGGAGGGCGCCUCGGCGCUCGAGCGCUUCCACGACUCCCUCGGGACCGCGCCCCAGCACAACGUGCUGCUCAGCAUGUGCUACCGUAUGCACAACAGCAUACGCCAAUGGCCAUCCGACGCCUACUGUCAAGGCGCAUUGCUUUCCCGCCUUGCCAAUGCCCUCGCUCAGAGGCCGUCCAUCUUUGGGAUCUCCUGGGCGCCGGCCGACCCAGUCCAGUUGUCCCCCGACACGCGCCUACCCAGCAGCGCCCCUGGCGACUCACCCGACAUCGGGACGCACGGCUUUCUCAGCGCCAAGUGCGGAGUUCAGCUGGGUCACGAGAAAGCCGCCGAGCUGCCGCUCACCUUGGUUGAAGGUGCGGCCAACAUGAUGGAGCAGCCCGACGACAGCGCGCCUUACGGAACCAUGCUGCACGUGGAUCCACACCCGCCGGAAGGCAAAGCCUACGUCCCGCCCACGGAGCCGCUGCCGUUGCUCCCGCAGCUCGAGCGCAACGUGCUCACCGACGCCCUGGAGUCGCCGCCGGCUCCCGGGCUGGCCUUCGUCCACUUCGCCGUCUCCCGGGGCUCGCCGCAGGGCGCCGCGGUGCUGGCGGGGCGGCGGCGGGCCAGCCUGCUGUACGCGUCGAGCACGCGGGGGGCCUACUGCAGCGUGAGCGGCUCGCUGAGCGUCCUGGGCGACGCCGAGUCCCGCCGCCGCUACUGGAGGACCCCCGGCAUGUGGUCUCUGGCGUUCCUUCAGGCGGGGCCGGCGGCCGCCGCAGCUGCGCCCGCGCCCACGGCGAGUGUUAGUCCACCCGCGCCGGAGGAGGCGCCGAAGCCUUGGGAACAGCAGGACUACAUCCUCCUGCGCCUCGCGGUAGACGAGGUCUCGCUGAGCAGCGUCGUGGACGGCCCGCAGCGCUGGGAGCAGCGCCGAGUCAGGCGGCUCGGCUCGGGCACCGACGGGCCCGAGUGGAUUUUGGCGCCGCCGCCGCCGGGCUGA